AUUAUUAAACUGAUAGAUUGAAAUAUAUAUAUUCACAGGACAACUGUACUUGAAUAAAAAUAACUUUUGCACAAUCGAUAAUAUUAGCGCCUUGCCCAACAUUGCAGAAUUGUUGCCAUUGAUUUCCUGGAAUAGUCAUAACCCUGCAGGAGCUCACGUGCCAGGUUUCUAAAAAGUAAACAAAAACAUGAACGUUGAAUGGUCGCUAGCUAUUUUGUUUGGUUACAGCUAUUCUUUAGUUUGCACACGAAUGUAAUUUAAUGCAAAAUACAUUUUAUUUUAAUUUAGAGUGAGCAUCUGAAGCCAAGUCAAGAUGACAAGCCCAAACCGAGACAUCCCCAUCCACAGCUGGCCAGGCUCCUACUACAUCAACAGCGAGAAGCGCUGGGAGGCCGGGACCCUGUCCCUGACCCGCACCAUAUUGCGCUUCACCUCAGACCAGAGCAAAGAGAACCUGGUUGGCUUCUGCCUCACCAGGAUCAUGGAGAUCAAGAUGGAGUCGUCCAGCUUCAUCUUCAGCACUCUGACUGUGUUGGAGCAUGGGAAUCUCAAGCAUUGGUUCGGCUCACUGAGGCCCAACCGGUUGGUGGUCUACAAUGUCCUGGAGCAUUUCUGGAGGGAGAGGUUGUUGUCCCCCUCUACUGAGGUCCAGGGGGCCGAGGCACAGCCCACCAAGGGGAGGGGGCUGAUUAAUCUGGUGGCGGGGGCUCAAAGACGGCUAGAGGACACAGGGAAUGUCCUCCACCACCAGGGAGAGCAGUUUGAUAACGUCAUGCAGGGCCUGGACAAGAUCGACUCUGAUAUGGGCGUGGCAGACAAGCUACUGUCUGAACUGCAGUCUCCCCCUUGGUGGCCUUUUGGCAAAUUACCCUGGAAGAGUCAGCAGGAUGCCAAUGCUGAGCAUGCUGCCAGAGAGGCCACUUGUAAGGGAAGAGCAACAGUCAAGCACAGAGUGAUCACCAGCAUACCAGCCAUCGUUUCCAGAGGUGGAGACUUGGACCUGAAGCCUGGCUGCUUGAUGGUGAUGGUCUCCUCUUUAGAAGUCCGAGACACAAACUAUGUGCUCCUCCACCACUUUGAGAGGGACGAGGUGGAUGACAUCCAGGUGCACAACCCUUAUGAGAUCAGUGUGAGGCAGAGGUUCAUUGGGAAGCCAGACAUAUGCUUCAGACUCCUGUCGGCUAAAAUGCCAGAGGCCAUGUCUGUGCUAGAGAUGCAGUAUAAGAAGAAGGUGGAGUACACGAGUGAGUACUCUGCCUUUAAGACGACCCCAGCCACAACCCCAGGUGACCAGGAUCAAGGUUCAAUAUGGAAUGCAGCAGGCUUGCAGCAGUACCAGGAGACAGAGGUCCCCAGUACGGUCCCAGCAGGAGAGCUUUCCCAGGUGCAUUUACAUGUCCUUAAGCCAGAGGUUACUCAGGCUGAGGUUCAGGAGCUCCGACAGAUGCUAAUGCAGCUGAAAAAUCUUGCUCUGGAGGCUGAGACUGAGCUGGAGAGGCAAGACGAGGCCCUGGAUGUUCUGACCACCUCUACGGACCAGGCCACCAUGCACAUAGACAAACACACCUCCCGCAUGAAAAGGCUGCUGUAACUAACUCACUUACAACACAAUGCAGAAAUGCACUGUGAGCUUCUGUUGCCUUACGACAAAUGUAUUCUGUUAGAAAGUUGUUGUACUGUACCUCUAUAUUUGAGGUUCCAUAACCAUUGAAACCAUAUUUUACCAUCUGCUUCGUUGUAACACAUCAAGUUAUGUCUUAGCCUCAGGUGUAAUCAUACACCCAUACCUCAUUGUAACAUGUAAAAUAUAGAAAUUGAUGUUCCUCUCAAUGUGGUAAUUACUGACCAGUCCACUAGAUGUUAUUUACACCAAGGUGAGGAAGCAUUCACUCUCAUCAGCACUUUGUGGAGAUAUCGUCCUCUUAGCAUUGACAAACCAUGAAUAGAUCCAAACUUGGUUGUUGUUGACGGGAGGUUGGACAGACAGAAUGGUCUGUCACACAUGUAAUCCAUGGUUUCUGAUGCUGUAUUUAAAUCACAGUGAGGAAUGAUUGUCACACGUGUUUUUUCCUUCUUCUUUUUCAGUUGCAGGUGUCAGUAAAGCCAUCCCCCUCCCUCCAUGCACAUGGUUUCCCUCCAGCUCCAAGUGUUGCAUGUUCCCAUGUUUCUGCUGAGUAAAGUGAUGCAUCGAGUGGGAUCUGUAGAACUGUAAGGUUUGCAGUGGGUAUGUAACAUGUAGCAACGUCCGUUGAAACGGUGUCCCUUGAAAUACACGGAAUACUGUACAGAGCCCCUACCCUAAGUCAAUUCCUAUUCCAUAAUGUUCCGUACUAGAGAAAGCAGGGAGUAACUCACAAUAGGUUGUCUCUCUAACAUUAUCAUUGGAAUUAGGAAUAUCUGUAUGAUCUUGUGUAUAUGAAUGACUUGCAUAUUUCUAUGCUGUAGUAUACUCGAUGUUCUACUGAAAUGUAAUUAUUGUCUCGCUAUCAUAUGUGAACUUGCGAUAAACUGUUAUUUAAACUCAAUAUCUGGUAAAUAAUGCUUUUCUCCGUAAAAAUGAUGCCCAAGGCUCCCCAUGCUACUGUACUGUAGAGAGCAGAGGAAGUAUUUGAGUGGCGUGUAAUUAUACAAUUAAACACAUUUACAUAAAAUACAGAAGAAUGUCUUUAAGUAGUACAGUACAACCCGCCCAGUUCAUAAAAGGCAAUUGACACUGAAACAAAAUAUAAAUGCAACAUGUUAACUGUUGGUUUCAUGAGUUGAAAUAAAAGAUCCCAGAAAUAUUC